GUGAAAUUUCUUUACGGUCUACACUAACAAAAUUUUGUGAUAAGUUCUCAACAAAUUAUUACCAAUAGUUUUUACAAAAGAUUUACUAAUAUUAAUAUUUACAAUGUCUACAAACGGUGAUAUUAAAAAUCCGAAUGAAAAUUUAAAUAUACCAGAAUGGAUCUGCGCUGAACACUUCAAAGCUUUAUGGGAGAAAGAUGUGCCUGAUUAUGUUAAAGUGUUAAAAUUUACGCCCGUAGCAGCGAUACCCCCCGGUGAAAACUUCACCUCAGUAAUGAUAAGACUCUAUGUGGACUUCGAAUUAAAGGAUGGUACUACAAAACAAAAGAGUUAUGUGCUCAAAACUAUGUUAGAUGAAGAUAAAGGCGGACGUGAAAUAAAUCAAAUGAGUCUCUUUCCCAAGGAAAAGAUAAUGUAUGAAAAAUAUUUACCAGCAUUUGAAGCACUUUAUGUUGCAGCUGGAAAAAAGGUGCAAUUGGCACCACAAUGUCUCUUUAUAGAAAAUUUAGAUGAACGCAUUAAUCUAGUAUUUGAAGAUCUGAAACCAAGAGGUUAUCAGAAUGUAGAUCGAUUGAAAGGUUUCGAUAUGGCACACAUGAAACGUGUAUUAGAAAGAUUAGCUGAAUUACAUGCAGUUUCCGCGGUGUAUGCGCAGAAGCAUGGACCAUAUCCAACAGAUUUCCAGUACAGUUUUUUUAAUGCCGAUAAAAUAAAUGAAGAUAUGAAGUUUAUGUACACAAAUAAAGUUACAACUUAUAAAGCAGCAAUGGCAAAAUGGGGUUUAGAAAAUGCUCAAAAUUAUAUUGAUAAAAUACCCACCUUUGAGCAAUUUACUAAAAGUGGCAUGGCUACUUUGGACAUCGAUGUUAAUGGCUUUAAUGUACUUACACAUGGUGAUUUUUGGUCUAGUAAUAUUAUGUUAAAUUAUUUACCAGAUGGCGCAAUUGAUCGAUUACUUUUCGUGGACUAUCAAAUUUGUAAAUGGGGUUGUCCAACCGAAGAUUUGGUCUUCUUUAUUAGCAUAUCAGCUGCUAAAGACAUUCGCUUAACUGAAUACGAUCAUUUCAUUGAAAUCUAUUAUGAGUUUUUAAUAGAAAAUUUAAAACUUCUGAAGUAUAAUGGAACGCUACCAAAAUUAAGAGAUUUACAAAUGGGAACUUACAAGGCACACUCUACAUUUUAUGCUUUCAUGGCUGUCUACAAUCAUCUGGUUGCCGUACUAUUACCGACCGAUAAGGACAGUAAUAUACACUCACUGAUGCGAACAGAUGAAUUUGGAGAACAAUUUCGAAUGCGAACUUUUACGAAUCCCUUAUAUGUCGAAGCUAUGAAGGAUCUCUUUCCUUUCUAUCAUAGACGUGGAGUACUCAAUUUUGAAGAUUUUGAUUGAUAAAAAAGAUUUUAUUUUUUAGUAGA